AUAACCAUAUUUAACUCCAGGUAUGCCUUAAAAGAAAAAGAGAAGAAGAGAAGAAAUGCCGAUAAACUUGAAAAAAUGAACAACCAGUUAAGAGAAAAGAAAGACGAAUAUGACAAAAAAAUUGAAUUAAACAAAGAACUUCAAAUAUCUUUUAGGACAUUAAAACCAGAAUUAAAGACUGCAAGAAAUAAUUUGAAUCAGGUUUCCACUAGGAAUGAAACAGAGAAAGAGCUGUUGCAUAAAUACCACAUAUUGCAGGAUAAAAUUGCUAUGAUGUAUCUGGAAACAGACAAAAUAAAAUGUCAGAAUCAGGAAAAUGAAAAGAAAUAUCUUCAGGUCAUUGAAAUUUUAAGAAAAAAGAAUGAUGAUCUUCAAAGGACAAUCAAAUUGAAUGAUGAAACAUUUACAAAAACAACAUUCAAAUAUAAGACAAAGAUUAGUAUUCUGAAAACUGAGAUUUCAAAGCAAAAGUUAAAACUGGAAAAUAAAAAACAAAGCACAAAAAGACAAGAAACAAAAGUCAAACCAUACCCUUUCAGAUGUGCUGUUGCUCCACAACCUUGUGACGAAAGUCAGAUGUCACAAAAUGAACUAGAACUUUUUUCCCAGGGACCAAGAGAUGAGUGCCUUGGUUUAAAGAACAAGGAGAAUUUCUGUAUUUCCAAAUUAAAUAUUAGUAGUGAGAUUCUUUCCCCAAAGGUUUCCAAGCCUGGAAAAAAAAUCAGUAGCCAAGAAGCAGAGCUCUGUUUUCAUAUGAUACAUGAUAUUAGAAAAAUGACUAUGGUUUUGAAACAGGUACAUAGAGACCUAAAAAAAACCCAGUGCCAAGUGAAUAAAAUAGAAGACAUGUACCAAAAUGAACAAAGUCAAAACUAUAAAUACAUUGACGAGCAGGAAUGUAUAGAUGAGAAAUUUUCUCAAAUGGAAAAUGAAAUCACAUUUCUAAGACAGCAAUUAUGUCACCUUCACAACAAAGUUGAUGAUAAAGAAGACAUAAUUGUCUGUAUCCAAGAGCAAUGUAAUAAUAUAAAAAUAAUUCAGGAUCAGGCCGAAAAAUCCAAUCUCAAGCUUAAAAAAAUAAUUAAGUUAAGGAAGGAAAAUCAUCAUUUAAAAGAAAAACUCUAUCAUUAUAAAAAGGAGAAAUCAAAAAGAGAAGUAGUUGCGAUACAACUUCAACAAGAACUGGCCAAUAACCUGAAAGAACAACCUAUGUCAGAGGCUUCACUAGAACAUUCAAGUUGUCACCUUAAUUUAGAUGAGGAACAGGAUUUGGAGAAGAAACUAAAUCAAAUCACAUGUAAAGCAGAUAAUAUCAUUGCAAACCUAGAAGAUACAUCCUCAAAAUAUUUACAGCUGGAUACAAAAUUUGAAUUUUCUUUGAAAAGCCUGCAAAAUAUAUGUGAAAAAUCAGAGAACAAUCAAAAAAAGUUGGAAGAAGAUGUAGCAAACCUCAAAAGAAAUAUGCAAAACAACAUAAUAGAACAUGGUCAAGGAGUGCAGCAUAAAUGGGAGACUGAAAUAACAAGACAGCAGUUACAGCAAAACCAAAACCAAACAUCUCUAGUUUUAGAGACAUGUGCAGCAGUUUCAGAAAUCUUAGGGCAGUUAAGAGAGAAUAAUGAUGCUUCAGUAAUAAAUUGGAUGCAACUCAGAAUUAACAAGCUGGAAUCUGAAGUGUCUAAAAUUAAAACUGAAAAUUCUAAUGAAAUGCAAAUGGAAGAAAAUAAUCAGCUCCAUGUAGAAGAAUACAAAAUCCAGAAUUCUCACAGAAUCAAUAAGAACCUUCAGGAGGUUAACAGCAGAUUCCCAGUGGCAAAACAGAGCAAAUCUUUACCUUGCCCUCACUGUGGGAGGCCUGUCCCAGGCUGUCCCUGUGUUAAACUGAAAAAUGACUGGUUACACAACAGAAGUUUUAGCCAAGGAGAAAACAUGGCAGGUCCUUCUUCCAACCCACAGCCUUCAUGUCAAAGCCUUGAGGACUAUCUGGCUGAGAUGAGUUAUAAGUUGGGCAGAGGCUUUAUCUAGAAAACAUAAAGAAGAAUUUGAAACUUGACCCACUAGAACUUUUGCCUUAAGACCUACUAAUAAGCCAAGUAAAUGUCUACUUUUGAUAGCAUCACAAGAAUACACAGAAGAUUUAAGAAAAAAAUAUGAUAUUAAAGAUAACAUUGUAUUCAUUAUACCAUUGGCAUAAAAUUUUAAUUUUUUCCCACUAA